GUCGGUCAGAACACGGUAUUAGACACGUCAAGUCGUGCUUUCAAAUAUGCUAGGAUCCUUUGGCGAAAGAGAGGGGAAAAGUAUAUUCGUCUCACUUCCUUCGACUACGAACGAGCACACUUGAAAUCAAGGCUUGACGUGUCUGAAAGUGGUCUAACGUAGAUUCUUUUGUGAUACAUACUCAGCUGGAUAACCCAAAUAAACACAACUAAUUUGUUUUACAACAGAGAAUUUUAUGAUAGAUAAAUUACGCCAAAAAGCAAACGCAGCUUGAAACUCAGACAGCUGAUAACAGCUUAUUCCCAAACAAUUUGCAUUUGCUGUUCAAACAAUUAGAAAACGUAAAUGGGCAGAAUGCCCAUGUGUCGAAUUUGUUUUAAAGAAAGUUUGGAUAACUUUUCUAUUUUUAAAUAUGUGAAGAAAAACUACUUGCCCAGCAUCAUUUAUCUUAUCAGUGGAGUGAAGGUAUCUAAAGAGCAUGACAACGAUGCGCAAAUUUGUCAGCAUUGCGCUGCAUCAGUAUUGGUCGCCCAAAAUAUUAUAUUGCGGAUCCAAGAAUCGGAGGAAUUCUUCCAAUUUCAACGAUUACAGGAUAGUUGCUUGCAAAAGCUACCUCAUAGUACUUCUACUAAUGAAUACUCCCUACUAAAUGAUUAUGAAGUAUCCCAAGCUGCUUCCACCAGCAGUGGGGCAAACGUAAUAACAGAAGUUCAGCCAAUUAUAUCAAAUAGGGCUGAAGAAACCGACACAAACUGUUCAUCUCUUUGUGAGCCAGCGUCUAAACGCAGCAAAAAUGAUGUCACCACAUCGUCACAUAUAUUUAACUGUGAUCACUGCGAUUAUAGCACAAAGAUAGGUAAACGUAUAAUAGAACAUAGACAAACUAAACAUGGUGUCUGUGACCCGAACAUCUACGCCUGCAACCUGUGCACCCAAAGUUUUUCGUGGAAGCCGACACUCUACCGACACAUAUAACUUGUCCAUAAAACACUGCCGGCAGAAAAAAAGUAUCUGUGCAAUGAAUGUGGGCGCGCCUAUAUGCGUGAAAUACACCUUGUAGAGCACGUAAAACAACGGCAUGGACCACGCAACUUCAAAUGUCCUGAUCCACUAU